AUGUUUUCUCAAACAUCCCUUUACUCGCUUCAACUCUUCUACACAAGACACUUCAGUCACUUACAAAUCUAUACACAAAGGAAAUUUUCAUUAACAAACACAACUAUCUCUCUCAGCAAAAAGUCAAUAUCUAUCUAUCUAUCUAUCUAUCUAUUUUUCUAUUUUUUUUUUUUAAUCGGAAGCAAGCAUAAAUGGCGGUUUACAUUUUCUAUCUAUCUAUCUAUCUAUCUAUCUAUCUAUCUAUCUAUCUAUCUCUCAUAUGAUGUUUGUAAACAUUCAGUUGAUAACUAUCUAUCUAUCUAUCUAUUCUCUGGUUUCGCAUUUGUCAGUCUGAGUUUUCCUAUCUACCUAUCUCGCUCAGAUUUUAUAUUUGUCUGUCUCAGUUUUCAUAUCUAUCUAUCUAUCUAUCUAUCUAUCUAUCUAUCUAUCUAUCUAUCUAUGUCAGUCUAUUCAUAUCUAUCUAUCUAUCUAUGUCAGUCUAUUCAUAUCUAUCUAUCUAUCUAUCUAUCUAUCUAUCUAUCUAUCUAUCUAUCUAUCUCAUGUCAUCUAUCUAUCUAUCUAUCUAUCUAUCUAUCUAUCUAUCUAUCUAUCUAUCUAUCUAUGUCAGUCUAUUCAUAUCUAUCUAUCUAUGUCAGUCUAUUCAUAUCUAUCUAUCUAUCUAUCUAUCUAUCUAUCUAUCUAUCUAUCUAUCUAUCUAUCUAUGUCAGUCUAUUCAUAUCUAUCUAUCUAUCUAUCUAUCUAUCUAUCUAUCUAUCUAUCUAUCUAUCUAUGUCAGUCUGUUCAUAUCGAGCUAGCUAUCUCAGUUUUCAUAUUUGUCUAAGUCUUCAUAUCUAUCUAUCUAUCUAUCUAUCUAUCUAUCUAUCUAUCUAUCUAUCUCAGUCAUUUCAAGUAUCUAUCUAUGUAUCUAUGUCAGUCUGUUCAUAUCUAUCUCAUUUUUCAUAUUUCUCUAUCUGUCUCAGUCUUUACAUCUAUAUUUGCCUGUUUCGGUCUUCAUAUCUAUCUAUCUAUCUAUCUAUCUAUCUAUCUAUCUAUCUAUCUAUCUAUCUAUCUCAGUUUUCAUAUUUGUCUAUCUAUCUAUCUAUCUAUCUAUCUAUCUAUCUAUCUAUCUAUCUAUCUAUCUAUGUUAUUCUUCACAAAUACGCAUUCGUACGCAUGCGCGUAACUAUCCCCGCACGCAUAUAUUUCUCUCUGUAUCUAUUUGAAUCAAAUCAUCCAUUUAUCUUUUUCUAUUUCUUUUCGUCUGAAGACAAAGUCGUAUGA